GUCAAAUGUUCUGAGUGAAUCUGGGCCUUGUAUGGCAUUCUUUACCAGGAGUCACUUAAAAAGAUAUGGACGAAAAAGGUGACAAGAAAAGCCCAAAUCGAAUCAAGAAUAAACUCGUCAAGCAAAUAUCGGAUGAUAGUUACUGGGAUUGCAGUGUGUGUACAUAUAGGAAUACUUCUGAAGCCUUCAAAUGCUCUAUGUGUGAUGUAAGAAAAGGGACUUCAACUAGGAAACCAAGAAUAAAUGCUCAGCUGGUAGCCCAGCAGGUUGCCCAGCAAUACAUUCCUGCUCUUCCAGUAAAGAAAACGCCAAAUAAAAAACCUUUCAAUAAAAAAAUGAGGCCAAGACUUCAYAACGUUGACCGAAGCAGUGCUCAACACAUGGCCGUCACUGUAGGCAAUGUAACAGUUAUUAUCACAGAUUACAAGUUAUUAAAACCAGGACAUUCYCCUUCYUCUCCUGAAGGUAGCUCCCCAGUGUCUGAAGAAAGCUUCGAUCCAGGUCCUUCAAAUAUUUCCUUAGAGUUUGUAGGAAAUGGUACWAAUCAAGAAAUAGAAAGUUCGUGACAAAUUAGGUAUAUUUAUAGAUAGCAGUUUUUACAAUUUGUAUUUCUGGAGAGCUAUUGCUGGUUAGCAACUGAUGUCAGGGUAGUUGUGAUCUCUCAUCAGUAUUACGAUCAUGGUUGCUAAUCUUUUGCAAAUCUCAAUGGGAGUUAUUGAUAACCAGCAAUUUAAAGAGAUGUUUAUAUGUAGUUGUGAGAAGAAAUUGAAGAAUAAGUAUUAGCUGUUCCUUGUUUAUAGCAAGAAAAACUAGUAAGGAAGGAACUUUUUACGUUCGUGUUGUUUACAUCAAGUUGGAAGUCAAGGUURAACAAAAUCAYUUUCAAAGUACACGAUGUAUAGSYAUCAUUGCAGGCUUUUCUUUUUGUUUUCAUUAACUUSAGAUUAAAACUUUUCAUAAAACCUAGAGACACUAUUUUAUCACUGUGAAACAGUUUMCGCAAURGUUUGGUUGUGAUAGAUCAAUUUCUUCCUUGUUGGGCAUUGCUUUGAACUAUUUCACAGUAUUAAGCAUUUUCUUGUGCCUGUUAUACUAGCAAUAUCACACUCUGUUUCAUGGAUAUAUACUGUAUAGUAGGUUUCAUAAAGCAUGUAUMUGCAUUUCAGAGUUCAGUGACUACAACCACAACCAAUUUAAAUUACUGUCAUUUGCAUUGCUAGGCAACCAGCCCAGAUAAAACUUCACAACAUUGUAAUAGACUUCUGAACCUCUUUACGUCACUACUUGAUUUUCAAUGCAUUGUGGGAUCAGUUUCAAGAGAAAACAAAAGAAAUCCGCCAUGUUUUGUCCCAAACAUGUUCUACAAUGCAUUGCGUAUACGGUACAUGACAUAAAAGCUGCAGAGGUUUAUUUAGGAAUAGACAGCUGUUAAUCAGCUUACAUAUAAGUGCCUUAGUGCGAAUUGCCGGUUUGUUGGGCAAUUUUAUUGACAGCAGUCUAUUGGUARUAAGUGAGUGUCUGGGCUACAGGUGUAUAGCAAGGCAAACAGAAAAUUGUCUGUUGAUAUCCUUUUUUUUUUUUGCAAAUUAUAUUAUGAUUACUAUCAGUGCAUUAAACCUGUGAAAAGAAUUUGCAAAUUUCCUCUACAGAUCACAAAAUGAUUUAAGGAAUAAAAGAGGAAAUUCCGUGUUUGAUACUCUGAUCAAAACACGCGGGAUGUAGGGAGAGCACGAGAGAAGCGUAGGAAACCA